AGGUGAACGGUAAGUAAUUAAAGAAAUUACUAUAAAAGGUCAACUUACUAUAAAGACAAUAGAAGUCAACAAAGUAAAUUAUAGGGGGAAAAAAUGUGAUGUUGCAAUAGUUAGGGAGGUUUUACCCCGGUACAACCUGUCUCCAUUGUAACUAGAUUAUUAAGGUAGUUUGUCCCUGUUGCAGCACCGUAGCACUUCAACACUCCAGGAAGACGGGAGAGAGGAGUGCAGGGGAGGGAGGAAGAAAAAAAACAGAAAGUGGCUGGAAAACAGUAUUCUUGCAGAGGAGGGCCGUCACAUCCCGACCACAGACAGCAGAAGUAGGAAUAGGAUCAUACCAAGACAGGAGAGAGAAGUUCAAUCUGACACAUCAAAACAUACAACAUUACAAGCAAAAGGAAAAAAGUUGAUUUCCGAGGCGACUCGUUAGGGAAUAUCUGAAUAAUAAUAAAUAUUAUGUAUGCAUCGUGACCAGUCGCUGCCAUAAAGGGUCCGGGCUGAAAACAAGGAACUGUUUAUGGUUUUCCGUUCUUCCCCCUCUCUUUCUCUCCAACAAAUCGGCGGAGGUUUUGCGCACAACCGGGAGGUGCCGCUGACUGACGGCAGGAGGGGAUGAAAGUUUGCCAGGCGGGCGGAAUAUUAUUCGACGUAAACGCUUCUUGUUUUUGACACCAGGACUGCGCAUUCCAAUCCUGUACACAUUGCAGAGACUUUUUGAAACUGUGGACAUUCACUGAGCCGAGCAGUGACAUCGAAAUCCACACAGAAAUCCUGUUUAAGGCGUGUGCGUGGGUUGCGCCGUAACAUGACGGCAGAGACAGAUUGACGCGGAUAUCACGAGCGCCGCUGAUUAGGAGCUCGGCUUCUGACUUGCCGCGAAGUUCUGCCUCUUGAAUGACCUAUUUUGUUAUUUAUACGGCUCGUGUAUAUAUUAAUCUACGGUUUGUGACAGAGGUAGGCUUGUCUUAAUUUACGCAGUGCUGCCAAAAUGAGUGUAGAGACGGAGCGCUGUGUGGCAGAUCUGACUCAAGCUCAUGUAAAUGUUGCCAUGCAAUCUUCAGGAUUAUAGGCUCAACCUUAGCCUUUAUCAUCGAUAAAUGCUCGCUAGGCAUUUAUCGGUGUUCUACGGUUAACGUUCGCCUGAAGAACCGGAUCACUUGGCCUUAAAGAACCUUUUGUUCUCCGGUAAAGAAGAAACAAACAUUUUAUGGUCAGAAAUCCUGCAGCUGUUGUCGGUUAAACGGGUUGCGGCGGGGACGAGCCAAAUGUUUCUCCAGGGAGCUCACAAGUUUUUCUGAACUGUCCCUUGAAAGAAACAUUGUGAUAAAAAUAAUAGCGCAGUCGUAGCUGCACUUUUGGAGUACCUAUUUUGAAUUUUCCUUCGGAAAUCUUGUAAAAAUGUCAGAAAACGCACCUACGCGGAGUCUGGAUGACAUCGACCUGGCCGCCCUGCGGGACCCAGCAGGAAUCUUUGAGCUGGUGGAGGUCGUGGGCAAUGGCACCUACGGACAAGUGUACAAGGGUCUGUCUCACCUCCAUACUCAUAAAGUCAUCCACAGAGACAUCAAGGGACAGAAUGUACUGCUUACAGAGAACGCAGAGGUUAAACUCGUGGACUUUGGGGUGAGCGCACAGCUGGAUCGUACAGUCGGCAGAAGAAACACUUUUAUUGGCACUCCAUACUGGAUGGCCCCAGAAGUCAUUGCCUGUGAUGAGAAUCCUGACUCCACCUAUGAUUAUAGGAGUGAUAUCUGGUCUCUCGGAAUCACCGCUAUAGAGAUGGCUGAAGGAGCACCUCCGUUGUGUGACAUGCAUCCCAUGCGAGCUUUGUUCCUUAUCCCACGGAACCCUCCUCCUAAACUGAAGUCCAAGAAAUGGUCGAAGAAGUUCAUUGACUUCAUCGAGGGCUGUCUUGUGAAGUCAUAUCCGAGUCGUCCAUCCACAGAGCAGCUACUGAAGCACUCGUUCAUCAGAGACCAGCCCACUGAAAGACAAGUCCGCAUCCAGCUCAAAGAUCACAUCGACCGCACACGCAAGAAACGCGGCGAAAAAGAGGAGACCGAGUACGAGUACAGCGGUAGUGAUGAAGAGGAUGAGAACAGAGGAGAUGAGAGAGAAUCCAGCUCCAUUUUGAAUGUUCCUGGUGAGUCGACGUUGCGGAGGGAUUUCCUGCGGCUGCAGCAGGAGAAUAAGGAGCGCUCAGAGGCCUUAAAGAGACAGCAGGCGCAGCUCGCUGCUCAGCGCAGAGACCCUGAGGAGCACAAACGCCAGCUGCUGCAUGACCGACAGAAGCGGAUAGAGGAGCAGAAAGAACAGAGGCGUCGCUUGGAGGAGCAACAGAGGAAGGAGAGAGAGAUGGUGCGGCAGCAACAGGAUAAAGCUCCUCACCGGAGACUCGAUGACAUGAGACGAGAUGAGGACAGGAGGAUGGCAGAGAGAGAGCAGGAGUAUAAGCGUAAACAGCUGGAGGAGCAGAGACAGUCAGAAAGACUUCAGAGACAGCUGCAGCAGGAGCACGCAUACCUCGUCUCACUGCAGCAGCAACAGCAGCAACAAGACAAGAAACCACAGAUGUACCACUACAGCAAGAACCUAGAGAACAACAAACCAACCUGGGCUAGAGAGGUUGAGGAGCGCAGUAAACUGAACAGACAGGGCUCUCCUAAAAUCUGCACUACAGUGUCUGACACCAAUAUCCAGUCCCGGUCAGAAUCAAUCAGCCAAUCAGGAGCUGCACAGACCCCACCUAUGCAGAGACCUGUGGAACCACAGGGUGGGCAGGGAAAGUUCCAGAUGGCCCACCUGGUGCCUUUAAAACCGUAUGCCGCUCCUGUCCCUCGCUCUCAGUCUCUUUGCGAUCAGCCCACUAAGACCAUGUCCGCCUUCCCCACCCAGGAUCCCUCUCCCACACCCACACCUCGUCCUCUACACUCCAGAGAACUAGUCCGUCAAAACUCUGACCCCACCUCAGAGACCCCUGCCCCUCAGACUCGGCCAAUGAGAGAUGACCGGGGACCCUGGAUCCGUCUUCCUGAGAUUGAACAACCUCCUAAAAUUCCCCAGAGAACAGCCUCCAUAGCCACUGCACUGAACACAAAUCUCUCCUCCGGCAUUAGACACCCAGUUCGAGCAAGUAAUCCUGAUCUGAGUCGCAAUGAGCGCUGGGAGAGAGGAGAUAGCAUGAGCAUCAUGUCCAACCUGCCACAGACCGGCUCUCUAGAACGACACCGCAUACUCAGCUCAUCCAAAAUGGAUUCCUCCCCCACCCUUUCUCAUGACGGCCGACACAAACCAGGAGAAUCCCGAACCUCAUCCAGACCCAGCAGACCAGCGAGCUAUAAGAGAGCAAUAGGAGAGGACCACGGUCUGUAUCCUAAGGAGCGGGCAGAGGAGCAACCGCGGCCCCCGGUGAAGGCUAAUGAUUACUCCUCUUCCUCAGAAAGCAGUGAGAGCAGUGAAGAGAGUGAGAGUGGAGAGGGAGCAGAAGAGGAAAGCCCUACUGACCGCCCACGUGAUGCAGAUUCUGACUCCGUUAACACUAUGGUGGUCCAUGAGGAGGAGGAAGGUGAAGGAGGAGAUGAAGAACGUGCCGGAGGAUAUGGAGACCAAACCAUGCUUGUACAGAGGACUCCAGAGAAGCGUAGUCAUAAUGGAUACACCAACCUGCCUGAUGUGGUUCAGCCCUCCCACUCUCCCACAGACUCUGCCUCCCACUCUUCCCCUGGGAAAGACUCUGCCUAUGAUUAUCAGUCCAGGGGCUUGGUGAAGGCCUCUGGAAAGUCCUCUUUUACUACCUUUGUGGACCUUGGUAUGUACCAACCAUCAGGGGGCACAGGCGAUAACAUGUCUGUUGGAGGUCUGGGCUCUCGCUUUGAGCAACUGAAGCUGGAGGUGAGGAAAGGCUCCAUGGUCAAUGUCAAUCCCACCAACACUCGUCCAGUUAGUGACUCUCCUGAAAUCCGCAAAUACAAGAAGAGAUUCAACUCUGAGAUCCUCUGUGCUGCUCUCUGGGGUGUGAAUCUGCUGGUAGGGACAGAGAACGGUCUGAAGCUGCUGGAUCGAAGCGGCCAGGGGAAAGUUUAUCCAUUGAUCAACUCACGCAGGUUUCAACAGAUGGAUGUUCUGGAGGGACUGAACCUCCUCAUCACUAUAUCAGGCAAGAAGAAUAAGGUGCGUGUGUAUUAUCUUGCCUGGCUGAGGAAUAAAAUCCUCCAUAAUGACCCAGAGGUGGAGAAGAAACAGGGCUGGACCACUGUGGGAGAAAUGGAGGGCUGUGUGCACUACAAAGUUGUGAAAUAUGAAAGGAUUAAGUUUCUGGUUAUCGCUCUGAAGAAUGCGGUGGAGGUUUACGCCUGGGCUCCCAAACCUUACCACAAGUUCAUGGCCUUCAAGUCAUUUGGAGACCUGCCACAUAGGCCUCUGUUGGUUGACCUCACGGUGGAAGAGGGUCAGAGGUUAAAGGUCAUCUAUGGGUCAAGUGCUGGCUUCCAUGCCAUUGAUGUUGACUCUGGAAACAACUAUGACAUCUAUGUUCCUGUACACAUCCAGUCACAGGUGACUCCUCAUGCCAUCGUAUUCCUGCCCAAUUCAGAUGGGAUGGAGAUGCUGUUGUGUUAUGAGGAUGAGGGUGUUUACGUCAACACGUAUGGGCGUAUCAUUAAAGAUGUGGUGCUGCAGUGGGGAGAAAUGCCCACUUCUGUGGGUAAGUAUACACACACACACACACAUCUUGUGUUGUUUGUGGGUGUUGUAGGUCUGGGCUCUCGCUUUGAGCAACUGAAGCUGGAGGUGAGGAAAGGCUCCAUGGUCAAUGUCAAUCCCACCAACACUCGUCCAGUUAGUGACUCUCCUGAAAUCCGCAAAUACAAGAAGAGAUUCAACUCUGAGAUCCUCUGUGCUGCUCUCUGGGGUGUGAAUCUGCUGGUAGGGACAGAGAACGGUCUGAAGCUGCUGGAUCGAAGCGGCCAGGGGAAAGUUUAUCCAUUGAUCAACUCACGCAGGUUUCAACAGAUGGAUGUUCUGGAGGGACUGAACCUCCUCAUCACUAUAUCAGGCAAGAAGAAUAAGGUGCGUGUGUAUUAUCUUGCCUGGCUGAGGAAUAAAAUCCUCCAUAAUGACCCAGAGGUGGAGAAGAAACAGGGCUGGACCACUGUGGGAGAAAUGGAGGGCUGUGUGCACUACAAAGUUGUGAAAUAUGAAAGGAUUAAGUUUCUGGUUAUCGCUCUGAAGAAUGCGGUGGAGGUUUACGCCUGGGCUCCCAAACCUUACCACAAGUUCAUGGCCUUCAAGUCAUUUGGAGACCUGCCACAUAGGCCUCUGUUGGUUGACCUCACGGUGGAAGAGGGUCAGAGGUUAAAGGUCAUCUAUGGGUCAAGUGCUGGCUUCCAUGCCAUUGAUGUUGACUCUGGAAACAACUAUGACAUCUAUGUUCCUGUACACAUCCAGUCACAGGUGACUCCUCAUGCCAUCGUAUUCCUGCCCAAUUCAGAUGGGAUGGAGAUGCUGUUGUGUUAUGAGGAUGAGGGUGUUUACGUCAACACGUAUGGGCGUAUCAUUAAAGAUGUGGUGCUGCAGUGGGGAGAAAUGCCCACUUCUGUGGCCCACAUCUGCUCUAAUCAGAUUAUGGGCUGGGGAGAGAAAGCCAUAGAGAUCCGUUCUGUUGAGACAGGACACCUGGAUGGAGUCUUCAUGCACAAGAGAGCUCAGAGGCUUAAGUUCCUAUGUGAAAGAAAUGACAAGGUGUUUUUUGCAUCAGUGCGUUCUGGUGGCAGCAGUCAAGUCUACUUUAUGACCCUCAACAGAAACUGCAUUAUGAACUGGUGAAAGAGCUGCCACAUGAACAUAGAUUCUGCUGUGUGCACACUUGCAAACACUGAAGAUAGUCCUCACACACAACAACAUCCACAGACACUCUCACACUCUGUAAAUACACACACUCACACAUACACACUCCUGCACAUACUUACGUAUAGAACAGAGUUAUUUACUUCACAUCUUCCUGAAGACACUCCUUCACCAUUCUCCUGUGAUCUCUGAGCCAACUGUACAAGGUGUGCGUGUGUCUGCCGUGAGCACGCUGCUGACCUCUGACAGAGCAAUGUUGUGUUCAUCUGAUUCCACAUGGGUUAGCUUUCAGCUCACUGGGGCCAACGUUCCUCACUGCUAAUAUUUGUGACCUUUCUAGGACCAGACAAAAAAGACUAAUUGUACAUUAUUCUACUAGAAAUGCGUGUAAACUACGAGAAUCGUUCAACUGUCGUGCGUCUUGUGACGCAACAGUGGCGUGCGUGUGUUUGAGAGACUUUAUAAGCUACUUUGAGUAGCAGAAACACCUUGAAACUGCAGUGGUGUGAGGUGGUACUGCAACAUCUGUAAUUUUCCAUUUCAACUGUAUAGUGUAGUAGUCGUUUGUUCUUGGUUGCAUUCAGAGUUUCAUAUAAAAGUGAUAUAAUGUUUUCUUUCGACAAGUAGAAGUUUAGAAAUUGAUUUAAAAAUAUGAGUUUUAACAUAUUCUGAGACCGCUUCCCUUCCGAGCUAGGGAAGGUUUUUCGCUUUCUUGAUGUAUAAACAAUAAUCUGACGCCUGUGUCACCAAACUGUUUGUUCGAUGGAAACGGUGGUGGCUGCUUACGGAGCAGAAUCCAGCGUUUUGCUUUUCCACUAGUCACCCACAAUGGAGCAACAGUCUCUGGUUUGGCUUUUCAAAGCACUUUUUUUCAUUCUAUGUGAGAAGUAUCAUCAUAUCUACUACAGUUUGAUAUUCUCUGUACGUAAACGUAUUUGGUAUUACUCCUACUUUUAUUAUCUGCUGUUCUAUAGCUGUUCUAUUGCAAUACGUGCUGUGUGCUCGUUCUUGUUCGAAGUUUUACGAGAGUUUCUUUUGGGUUGUUCUGAUUUUAGACAGGAAGAUACAGUAAGUUACUCCGGAUAUGACUGAAAAAGUUUUUUUUUGGCAGCACAAACGUAUAGUUCUUUGUCACAAUGUAAAUUGUACAUAGCAGCCAUGAUCGUAUUUAGAUCUUAUUUGUAUUCAGUAAGCAUAUGAUUUUUGAUGUGUUCAAUCACUACAUGACUGCGUAAAUCAAUUGAGUCAUGUGUUUGUGCUGUCAAAAGUGCUUGAUUGCUUAUGGAAGGUGUAGUUUUUUUUAGGCAGGCUUGUAGUUCAUCAGGGAUGUGUGCAUUUGAUCAGACUUUUUUUCUUUAAGAUUUGGACCCCACCAUUUUUUAGCAACACAAAAGUCAUGUUUUAGAUGAAGACGUGGGUGGAUUGGAGCAAGAAUAUUCUUUUGUUUAGCUGACAGUGUGCAAACGAGCUGCGUGCGUGCGUGCAUGCGUGCGUGCGUGUGUGUGCGUGUGAGUAUCAGUGGGAAAUAUUAAUCGGUAACAUACAGUAGGAUCAGUAUAAAGCAAUAGUUUAAGGAUUAUUGACUGGUUUGUGCCUGGUGUUACUGUCUCCAGCUCUGCAAUACUAGACCAGAGAUUUUUCUCAAGCUUUUCACUCAUUUCCAUGCAGAUAAUCUACUUUUACAGCAGUAUUCACCUAAAAAGAAUACCUUCACAAUCUAGUCUUUUCUCUUUCCCUAUUUGAUGAAGAUGGACUUGUACCAUUAUAUCACUUAUAAAGUGCUGCCUUUACGAAAAAACGUGUACACUAAUCACAGUACAUUUGACGCACUUUGUCCCUCCUAAAUAUUUUCCUAGUUAACACUAAAUGAUUAGCUCUGAUUUGUUCAGUAGCUUGUGAUGGUACAAUCAUCAUCAUCUGUUACCUAAUAGCCCCUCCCACCGGACAUAUUGUCUGCUGUCACAGUCUAGACGGGCACUAAACACCGAUGACACAUUUAGCAAGUCAUUAUUAAAAUAUGGCGGCGCAACACUUCACAUGAAUAAUUAUAAAUUGUUGCACUGCAGAGAGAGAUGGGGGCUUAUAGUUUGAAUUCGCAUCAUCUGUGAGUGAGCAAAAUUAAAUGCUAAUGUGCCAUUAUGACAGAUUCGCACUUUCUGAGAGUUACUUCGUUUGUGCCCCUCAUCCUUACUUUCUUUCUCUCUCUUGCUGUAAAACGUAAGCAUUUUCUUGCUUAGUAAAUCAAACUGCCAUGUUUACUGAAAUAACAGUGCCUUGGAUUGGGGUUGGGUGUAUUUGCUUGAUUGUGUGCAUGUGUGUGUGGGAGAGCGUUGAGCAUGUGAUUGUUUUAAUAAGAACUGAGGUUCAGGGAUGAGAAAAGUCCAGUGCGCAGUUAGGGGUCUUGUGCCAACAAAGUGCACUUAAAUUGACAAUAGCCAGAGCACCAAGAAAGGCUCCUCUCACUCUUAGCACAAAAGCCAUGCCAUAAAGAGUUAAUUCCUCCAGUUUGAAGGCAGCGCGUUCCUCAGAUGUUUAUUUAAUACCAUAUUACAGUCCAAACGCCCUUCAGUUACUUGACAAGACGAGCUCUUUGUUCUGGAGUGCGAGAUGGUGGUGCUUGUAGCUCGCAUAUCGUUUUGCCAAACAGGGAAAGUCUCUGGUUUUCAUGCCGGAGGUUCACAAAAGGUUCGAGUUGUCAUGGUGAAGAGCUGCUCGCAUGCGUGUGAUUAUAACAGUCCCCAGCAUUCCCAAGAACUCUUGGAAUUUAGUGAGAUUUUGCCUUUAUGCUUAAUAGUAAAUGUGUAUAACAGCGUUCACGCUACUGGAUUGACAGAAUUUGUUUUUAUAGCAAAAUUAUGAUAUAACGAGUAACAAAUUUAAACAGAGAGGAAAUAUGCUUUAUAAAUUAGAUAAAGAGUUUAUAUUAAGAUUACCAUUGCCUGUCAUGAUGAUGGAAAUUAAUGGGAAUAUAUAUAUAUAUAUAUAUAUAUAUAUACAUACAAAAUCCCUGAAUUCUUCUUAACCUUUUUUUUUACCUAGAUGUGAAUCUAUAAAAAGAAUUAAUGAACGUAACCUUAUCAAUAGAACUGAAUAAAUGAAUGCAUUGUUAUAUAGCAUUUUUCAGGCUGAAGAAUAAUCACUCGAGCACAAAGCUUCUCCCCGUACAUACUGCUGUGCGUUCAGUUAGACUCGUCUCUCUCCUCUCUUUUUCCCAGCGAGUGUUAUAAAAGAGAGCAUGUGGGUGUGUGACUGUGCAUGUGUGAAUAGGAGAGCUAUUUCUGAUCCGCGUGUGUGCUGUUCAUUAUUCCCUCAGAGGAAAGAGAGCAGGGGGAGAAAAGACGACCAGUCGACAGCGAUUGAGGGCCAGUUUGGUCAAACAUACUGUACACACAUCAUCACUGGACUCAAGCCACACAAGCGACUCCAGUCAUGUUUGUGGUUCGCUGACGACCAAUUGAACGUUGUAGUCUUUCUACGGCAGCUGACCACAGUCCUGAUCUCGUGUAAAAGCUCGUAUUGAUAUCUGAUCCAGUGUGUCAGGGGUUGUUCUGAAGGUACAUGCGUUGUUGGCUUUACUGUGGACAUUAUUGAAUGUAAUCGGUUUGUUUUAUUCUGGUCUAUUAAACUGAUCUGUUGGAUUGAAGGCUUGUAAGAGUUUUACAGAAUCCAUGGUUUAGGUGCACAUGUAAAGAUGAUAUUUUACACUCCAUCCCCCACAUUUGAAGAAAUGUUUAUCAUUAAAUGCUUUUAUGUCCAACGAGAGCAUCAUUGUAAACCAGUCGGUCUUUAAAAAGCUAGACUAGGUCACGUGUGUAGCGGUCUUCGAGAGAUGCAGAGCUGUCUGGUUUUCGUUUUAAGGUGUUUGAGGUAUUUAUCUACUCUACAUGCUAUUAGCACUAUGCUAACAAGUGACAUUUCUCUUGUCGUUCUCUAGUAAUACAAAGUUAAUCCCUUAGCUGAUUUUUGUAAAAUAUUUCCUACUCCAAAGAA